GGGGUCUCCUCUGUGCCUUAAAGACGCUCUGAAGUCAAACACAGGCCAAGAAGACAAAGGCUUCCUGUUGUGAUUGACUGUAAAAGGAAGUGGUCCCAGAGCCUGUGUGCGAUCAUGUGACCAACCACUCAGACCUCCACCUUGGACCUGCAGCGUGGACCAGGUGGACCACCUCCCAAAACGUCCCCACGCAUUGAGCCUCCAUCUUGUAAUCCGGCGUCUGUACAGCGGUGACAACGUGUGGGCGGAGCCGCCUGAACCAAUCACGUGUCAGGAUGUCAACUCAUUAAAAACAAAUUCACGGGACUGAUAACUGGAACCUUCCACAGCCAGCCCCCCAGGGCCCUAAAGAGUCAUUGUGUUUACACGUGCACGCCUCCUCCUCCUCCUCCUCCUCCUCCUCCAAUGUGUGCACACGUUACCAAAAACUUUGAUUCAUAUACUUGGAACGUGCAGAAGAGAAAUGAAGAUUUCUUAGAAACCGCGAACAAAACGACCGGCUCAACGAGUCUCCAACUUUUGGCCUGAAGCUUGAAUCAAGCCUCUGCUUCCAGUCUUGGUUCUGAUGGUGGAGGGGAAGCCGUACCGAUGCGGGCUGGUGGCGGCGGGCCUCUGCGUGAUGGCGCUCGGCCUCUUCAUCAUGACUCAGGAGCAGCCGCACGUCUACGCCUCCAUGUGCGCUCUGGGGGUCACCAUGGUGUGCAUCGGCACCGCCUGGAGCCUCUGCCAGUGCUACCCCAAGGUCAUUUUGGCUCCUGACAUUCAGGACAGAGGUCGAGAGGACGUUAUGUUAACCGCAGCCGCAGAUAGGCCUGCUGCGAUGCUGCUGACCUCCUGUGGACCCGACGCCCCGAUGAGCUGCAGCUGUCCCGCGCUGCAGAUGGUCUGAAGGCGGGACUACGGCCCCCAUCGGACCUCCUGAUUGGUCUGAACAUCCUGCGCUGCUUUUUUCAUGGUGCAUUCAAUAUGACUUUUUACAUCGAGUCAGAGACAGAUUUAUCUGUGUGUUGUGUUAGUUAAUAAAGUUUUCUAUUGCAUUUAUAUUUGUAAUCAUUCAUUAGAGACUGUGGUUAAGGUGGGGGGGGGGGUUAGUGAAAUGAGCGGUUUAAAACUUAAGGCGUUAACAAUCGUUCAUCUAAGCGUCUCUUAAUCCUGAUGUUUUUAAGAUAAAGGAGCGACGAGCUCUUCUUCUGGGGAGUAAUCCGUGUUUAGAAGGAAGAAGAAGAACACGUCACACGUUGUGCAUUCCAGUUUAUUUUAUAUCAAAUUUCCCCUUCGUCAAACUCUUGAUGUACAAAUUAAAAGUUGAGUUGUAACAUGCAGAGUCCUUCACCAUGACCGUAAAAAGCUAAACAGUUGCCCCGGUCACCCC